GUGGAUGGUAUACGUCCAGGUGUGAAGGCUGGACUGAGACUAAGAAAAGGUGAAGGAUCAUGAGGGACUUCAGUUUCUCUGUCCACCAGACAGUUGUUUGUGUUCUGCCUCCCUCUAGUGGCGACUGGCUGCCACUGACCCCUGUCUGAGGUCACUCUCACACCUGGCUGUCAUGUUUCGCUGAGCAGAACCGCUGAGAGUCCACAGGCAACGAGACGUUCACACAGGAAGCAGCUGCACAGUCCCCACACUCGGCUGCUCUAUGACUGCAUUAGAGAGUGUGUGUGUUGGUGCACGCGUGUGUGUGUGGGAGGGGGAAGGGGGGAAUGAGGUGUGUGACCAUGCAAACUCCUACAGCUGUCACUAUGGCAACAUUUCUUGCUGUUUGUCCUACUCAGUGUGUGAAGCUAGUUUUGGUUGCGUCCUGAGACAGCGAGUCCUGCUAACAGAGUCGUUUGUGUUGAUUCGGCUUAACUGUGAGCAGAGGAUCCUCCGGUGAGAAGCGAUCUUACACACAGAGGACGACGGAGCAGCAGCGCCCGGUUGAGCAACAGGAUGGGAAUCGGAGGCGGAGUUUCCCAUGGAGCCUAGAGACACGGAGCCGUCGACUCGCCGGACUCUCCAAGCUUGAUGGAGGCCAGCGGAGUUCCCCAGGACACAGGCCACAGCGGCCCCCUCAGCCGUUCAUCCUGCUCUUCCUCCCUUCCCCCCGCCAGGCCAGGCCGGCCCCCGCCCCCGCCCCUCCUCUUGAGACCCUCCCAGCUCCCAGCGCCCCUGUUUCCUCCUCUUUCUUCUCCUCUCUCUCCCAUCGUCCUCUCCUCCUCUCCUCCCCUCGACUCGACCUCUGACCCUGCCCUAGCCCCUCCCUCCGGUCCGUUUCUGCUCAGCUCUUUGGACCGGGUGCUGGGGAGCGUCUCGGUAUGGCAACCCAGAGGUCUGAGUCCCGACACCGCCUCCAGAUUCCUGGAGAACCAGCCAGCAGGGACGUUCCUGGCUCACACUGCAGCAGAUCGGGUCACCAUGAUCUCGGUCCGGCUGCCUGAUGAAGGCGGUGCUCCGGCGGUACGCGGCGUGGCGGUCCAACAGCUUCACGCCUUUGUUCACCUGGAGGGAUCCUCGCUGCUCUUUGAUGACGUCUUCAAGCUGAUCUCCUUCUACUGCACCAGCAGAGACAUUCUUGCGAUGCCAUUGAAGUUACCUCUGUCUGUUGCCGUGGCAACCAGGGAAGAGGACCUGGAGGUCCUUUCUGCUUUGGGUGCAGAUUUCUGGAUGUCUGACCUGAACCAGAGGCCUCAGAACCCGGACCGGACCGAUCAGCCCAACACCUACCUGUAUGUCAACCCAGUGCCUGUGGAGGGGCCCAGUUCAGAAAGAAAAUCCUCCAUCUCCAAACCAGAGUCCUUCCUCAGUGAAGCAGUUACCCCCUCCCUGCAGAAUGGAGAAAUGUCAAAGAAAUUACCUCCACGAGUCAAAGUUCCCAAACGGCCGCCCCCCCGGCCCCCUAGCCUGACUUCAGGCCUUCUCUCCUCUCCUCUCUCACCUCCAGCUACGUCUUCUGAUACUCCAGAAUCUGACAGAAAAGAGGAAGGAAGAGCAGUGAGUGAGAAAGAAGGGAGGAAGUCAACAUCGCCUCCACCGCCGAGACCUACCGCCCCCCUGCUGCCCCAGGGGCCAGUGCCUCCUGCCCCCCAGCUGCCCCAGGGGCCAGUGCCUCCUGCCCCCCUCCAGUGUACCUCAGGAUGCCAGCUGCCAGCCAAGGAAGACGGACAAAAUCUUGCAAAGAACACUGAGGGAGAAAAGAGGAAGGAGAAAUGGGGAAGUAGGGCAGGUCUGCUGGGCGAGGAGGUUGAACAGGAGGAGGCGGUGAAAAGGAAAGCGCAGGAGGAACAAGAGCUGAAGCUGGGGAAGGAGGACAUGCUAAAGACCAACUCCACAUCUUCUCUGGCAAUAAAGAAGCCGUCUCGCCCGGUCCCGCCUCCAAGGACUAAGCCGUCCUUCGCCAACUCAGCUGGGGGCUCCAACCAGGCAGCUGGAGGACCAACCGAUCAGAGCGCAGGGAUGAAAGUUCCCCCUCCCUCACCGCCUCAGCGCCCAGAUGUGUCCCUGUAUUCACCACAGGGGGGUGCUGCUCUGGCAGCUGACCUCGAUUCCUGCUCAAUCAGCAGCACAGAGGAAGAGGGAGAGCUUAACCAGGAGCAGGACGCAAACCCCAGGGUUCAUGCAGACAGAAGCUGCACCAAAGGAGCCGUCAGGAGAACCCCGACCAUCAUGUUGGACCGAGCCCGCCUCCGCCUCUCUACCGUCCUUACUGGACUCAUCUACCAUGACGGCCGCCUCACCAAGCGCAUCAUUGAGUUGGCCAGAGACCCUGUUAGCUACUUUGGUAACCUGGUCAAGGACCACAGAGCUUUCACCCUGGAGACAAUGUCCAAGCAUACAACGUCCACAGAGCUUCUGCAGGAGAUCAGACAGAUGAUGACCCAGCUGAAGAGUUACCUCCUGCAGAGCACAGAGCUGCAGGCUCUGCUGGAGCCUCAGCAUCAGUACACGCAAGACAAGCUGGAGAGCCUGGUGGAAGCGGCUCUGUGUAAGAGCGUCCUGAAGCCGCUGAAGGAGCCGAUCUACCGGAGCCUGGAGAGGCUGCACACCGAGAGCUGGAGGCAGCUGGAGAAGAACCAGGCCGUGGUCCUGGCCAGCACCACCACGGCGUUGGGGAUCUGCACCUCCAUCCCGGAGGUGGCAGCAAUGGAGCGGAUCAGCCUGAAGCUGAACAAGCUGCACCAGGAGUAUUCCCCCCAAAGGAAGAUCCAGCUGCUGCUGAAGGCCUGCAGGCUCAUCUACCACUCCAUGUCCGUCAGCUGCCCAGGCCGGGCCCACGGCGCCGACGACUUCCUGCCUGUGAUGAUGUAUGUCCUGGCCCGGUCCAACAUGACCGCCCUGCAGCUGGACGUGGAAUACAUGAUGGAGCUGAUGGACCCGGCGCUCACCCAGGGCGAAGGUUCCUACUACCUGACCACCACCUACGGCGCGCUGGAGCACAUCAAGACGUUUGACCAGCAGAGAUCAGCGACGCGACAGCUGAGCAGAGAGGUCCAGGACUCCAUCCACCGCUGGGAAAGACGGCGGACCCUCAACCAGGAGCGGGACGGCCACAACUCUGUUCGGGACUUCCUGACUGUGUUUAGUCCUGAGAUCGGCGUCAACCCGAAAACCCUGGGCGUCCUCCCUACAACCAGCAUCCAGGAACUGACCGAUCAGUGCGCUGCACGCUAUGAGCAAGCCGGCUUCACGCUGAGUGUCUUUGUGGAUGGAGUCCUGCAGCCCGUCGCUCCUACAGACCGGGCCCUGAACGUCAAGAACCGCUGCCAGCCCGGAGCCUACUGCUUCCUCUACCACCCCCCCGACCGACCCGGCACCCUCCAGGUCCGACCCGACCGGCCCGACCCCCCCCAGGUCCGGACCUGUCCCUCUGCCCCGCCUCCUCCUCUGCCUGGUGAGGACUUCCAAAUUGUCAGUCCUGGGAAACCGGAGGAGGAGGAAGCCCUGAUUGACCUUUAACCCCUAAGGCAUCCAAGGCAGAGUGUUGCCAUGGUAACUGCAUGACAGAGCAGGAAUGUAUUUUGACCUCAGAACUAAAGCUGAGGAGAACCUGGAGAACCGAAUCUGGACCAGACGGGUCAGAACUGAUGAUGAUGAUGAUGAUGAUGAUGAUGAUUGGGGACCAAGGAAAUGUGAUUAAUACAUUUUAUCAUCUGGUGAAUCCUUACCAUGGAUUAGGAUUGAUGAUGAUGAUCGCCAUCAUCAUCAUCAUCAUCAUCAUCAUCACCCAGGGUUUCCCCCAGUAUAUUACAGGUCUGGCAGCCCGCCAUGCUUUACUAGCCCCACUGCCAGGCUAAGCCUUUCUUGUUUAUGUUUUUUGGAAAAUAAUAAAUAAAAAACCUUUUUUCUUUUAAGCCAGAUUGCAAGCGUCUUUGUUGCUCUGAGCGUUUCACUGGCGGAGCAGAUUUAUUCCUAAAAUAUAUGUUUAUAGAAGAUAGCUUUAUGCAUUUAAAGUCGGACCAAUCACAUCGCUGGAGCCUCGUGCUGCAGCAGCUGAAUGAUUUAUUGUAUGGGGCGUUUCCAUCUCAACUCGCUGCCCAGCGUGUGGCGCUGUCUGCCCUGUAAAGUUCAUGUCUGUGUUCCGGUUGGUCGGAGCGUUAGCAGUUAACGAACCAGCGCUAACCUCAUCAUGCACGUCUCGUAGUCACGCAUCACGCUGGUUUUAUUUUAUUUUAUCAUUAUUUUUCCAGUUACAUGAUGCAUCAAACCAUAUCAAAUGCUUUGUCCACUUAGAGUUAAUGAGCGCUGAGAUCUGAGAAACUGGAGCAACCAAAACAGUUUCUGUGUCUUAUUAAAACUCAGAAAUGUUAGAGCUGCUAAAGCCACAUUAGCAGCACUGAAUUAAAUCUCAGCUUGUUGCUCAUCUCUGCUCAGUGCAGCAGAUUGAACUCAUCCUGCAGGGCCGGUCCAAGGCUGCAUGAGGCCUGGGGCAGAAUCUGACCUAGGGGCCCCUCUUGCUGCUAAAACCAUC